AUGCACCCAUACAGAGUAUAUGGCACAAUGGUCGUCGAAUCGUCCACCUCCAUACAGAGGCCAACUCCAGCAUGGUUUCCACGGCUUGCAUAUUUCUGCAUAUUGGCGUCUCCCAUCUUCAUUCACAGCUCAGUUUGGUCUUUACAGAGCUCAUCUGCUUCAUCAACUCGUUUUACCAUGUCGUCUUCUCCCGAUCCCAAUGAUUUUUCACCAUCAGCUCAAAUGGCCGUCGCCAUGAAGCUGGGCCCAACAAAUUGGAUGGGUCAGCCUUGUCAUGCAACGGCGCUAUUCCCCAGGACCGCGAAUUAA